AUGUUGUUCGGUGCUGUCAUCUCGACGGGCCUUAUGUCCAGUGCGGCCAUAGCGGCCUCGCUUACCCAGGUUCCGAACUACAACAACAAUGCGACGUCCAAAGCACAGAUGUACGUGUACAAACCGGAUAACGUAGUCGAGAAUCCACCAUUAGUGGUUGUCAUCCACUCGUGUCAGUCCUCGGCGCAGGCGUAUUUCCAGAACAGCGCGAUUCCGUGGCGCCAGGGUUCAGACAAAAAGGGUUAUAUCACAGUUUGGCCGUCUUCGCCUAACAGUGGUACCUGUUGGGACGUGUCAUCCAAGAGAUCUCUGACGCAUCUAGGCGGUGGUGACUCCCAAGCCAUCGCAAAUAUGAUCCUAUAUGCCAUCUCUGAGUAUAAGGUUGACCCUGAACGGGUCUACGUCACCGGCGGAAGCAGCGGUGCUAUGAUGUCAAAUGUACUUGCUGCCACGUACCCGGAGCUCAUCAAAGCCGUAUCUCUGUACAGUGGUGUAGCUGCCGGCUGCUUUGUUAGCUCGUCUGGUGGCGUUGACCAAUGGAACAAUAGCUGCAGCGGCGGACAAUCACGGGCUACCCCCGAAAAGUGGAAGCAGGUAGUGUUGGAUAUGUAUCCCGGAUACGAAGGACCGAGGCCUAAGAUGCAGAUCUGGCACGGUAGUGCCGACAGCACGUUGGCGCCGCAGAACUACCAGGAGGAAAUCAAGCAAUGGACUGCUGUCUUCAACGUGAGCCAGGAACCUACGAGCUCUGUGCAGAACAACCCCAAACAAGGAUACACGACAAAUAAUUUCGGCGAGUUUGUUCAAGGCAUUUACGCACAAGGCGUAGGCCACAGUGUACCGUCCAACCUGACAGCUAGUGAGAUAUGGUUCGGCUUGUGA